ACACUCCGGCAAUUGGGCGGUGUCGUUAUAUCACGCCCUUCCCAUAGGGUUUGAUUUUAAAUAGUCGUCCGUCAAGGAAUCAAAAUCAAGCACACCCCUUUGGUAAUAACACGUCAUUCGUUGAGGACUUGCCACAUACUUGCUUCCGUUAGCCGGCUAGCAUCCGCGGUCACAUAAUGAAGGACUUUGGCAUUUUUAAAUCGGUAGGUGCUGGGGAGGCGUGAGGAAAAACGCGAUGGAGUGGUCCGCAAGCUGGCAGGCGCUUCUUCGCCAAUUCUACUGACUGAUGGCUUCAAACGAAUGAGACCGAGACACUGGGGGCAAUCUUCAUCAUGGGCAGGAUCAGCAUUUCCUGCCUUUUCCCAGCCUCUUGGCAUUUCAGCCUGCCAUCCCAGAUCCUUCCUCGCCUCUUGCUGCCUUCAUUCAGGCAGCUGCUCUUUCUGGGCCUGCUCCUCUUCCUUCUGGGAGCGCUUUACCUGUUUUUGGUCACUGGAAAGUUGCCCGGCGGCUGGAUCACAAAGGAAAACAACUUUCACAGGCAUUUGGCACGGGUAACUGACGUGGACACAACAGAUGAAAGUAAUCCUGACCUGAACUAUGGUUUGGUGGUGGAUUGCGGCAGCAGCGGCUCAAGGGUGUACGUGUACUGCUGGCCCAGUCACAACGGCAAUCCCCACGAGCUCCUGGACAUUCGGCAAAUGAGAGAUCAAAAUCGGAAAUCUGUGAUCAUGAAGAUCAAGCCAGGGAUUUCUAAUCUGGCUCAAACACCAGAGAAAGCCAGUGACUACAUCUAUCCACUGCUAAGCUUUGCGGCCAAACACAUUCCCAAACACAAGCACAUAGAAACACCCCUUUACAUCCUAUGCACAGCUGGGAUGAGAAUUCUCCCCGAGAGUCAACAAGAGGCUAUUUUGGAAGAUCUGCGAACUGACAUACCGGUCCACUUCAACUUCUUGUUCUCAGAUUCCCACGUUGAAGUAAUUUCUGGAAAACAGGAAGGGGUCUAUGCGUGGAUUGGAAUCAACUUUGUCCUUGGAAAAUUUGAUCAUGCACGCAAUGACGGGGAAGCUGUUGUAGAGGUCAACGUCCCCGGCAGUGAUCAGCAGGAGCGCCUGGUGAGAAAAAGGACUGCUGGUGUUUUGGACAUGGGCGGAGUUUCCACACAGAUAGCGUUUGAAGUGCCCAAAACUGUAAGCUUUGCUUCUCCACAACAGGAGGAAGUGGCCAAGAACCUACUGGCGGAAUUUAAUCUGGGAUGUGACGCGCAUCGCACAGAUCAUGUCUACCGUGUAUAUGUUUCCACCUUUCUGGGUUUUGGAGGAAAUGCUGCUCGUCAAACAUAUGAGCAGAGCCUCAUCAAAAGCACCACCAGUCGAAAUAAACUGUUUGGUCAGCGUUUCGGGGAGACUGCAGAUUCCCCCCUCCUGGACCCUUGUCUUCCCACAGACCUGCAGGACCAGAUUGGCACCCCUGAACAGAAACUUCAUGUACUAGGCACAGGAGACUUCGAUCAGUGCAGACACGUGCUUCAACCCUUCCUCAACCGCACUAAUGAGACUCAAACCUCUCUGAGUGGCAUCUUCCAGCCGGCAAUUGAUUAUAGCAACAGCCAGUUCUAUGGCUUCUCUGAGUUCUACUACUGCACAGAGGACGUGCUGCGCAUGGGUGGAGACUAUAACGCAUCCAAAUAUGCACAAGCUGCCAAGAGUUAUUGUGCCACCCAGUGGAAGACUCUGAGGGAGCGCUUUGAUUCCGGUUUGUACGCUUCCCACGCUGAUCUCCACAGACUCCAGUACCAGUGUUUUAAAUCGGCAUGGAUGUAUGAAGUAUUACACUCGGGCUUCUCUUUCCCUCCCGACUACAAAAACCUGAAAACUGUAUUUUUGGUAUACGAUAAGGAGGUCCAGUGGACUCUUGGAGCUAUUCUUUUCCGAACACGCUUUCUACCUUUGAGGGACAUCCAGCAAGAAAGUCUCAAGGGAGUGCACUCUCACUGGCGGCAUAGCUUCUCCUUUGUCAACAAUCUCUACUUAUUGCUGGUCUGUUUCUUCAUCGUCGUUCUGUCAAUCAUCUUGUACGUGCUGCGACUUCGCCGAAUCCAUCGGCGCUCUGCGCAGCGUUGCUCCCCUUCUUCUGUGCCCUGGUUGGAAGAGGGCCUGGGCUCACCAACACUCCCAAUAAACCUAUAAACUCUUGUUCAAGAGCCUCGCCAUAUUGUGCAAAAGGUUGUCUCGGAGAGGAAGUUACCAUGUGACCGAGCCUCAAAAAUCCAUUUAUUGUUCAUGUCAGAUACCUGUCAAAUAAAUUAGUCAUAUUUUCCUACAGAAGAGACAAGACUACACACAAAAAAGUUGGACACGUUUUAUUAUUUAUGUGAGCAUUUGCCUCUUUCUGCCUUUUUAAAAAUGUCUUUCAGUAAGCCUUUAAUUACACAACAAUCCAUCUUUAAGUGGCAGGAUCACUAGAAUUCAUGACAAUUAUUAAUAAUGCUCGUGCUGGUACUGUUUGUGUGCAUGAGUGCGUGUUGAAUACAUGUGCUAUGCUCUACUCGUGCAAUACUUGACACUGUUUCACUCCUUUGAAGCAGUUAUCUAAUAGACUUACUGAUUUUCUUGUCUCGUUCUAUACUUUUAACACUGAGCAUGGGAAGCUGGUGCAGCUAUUUAAGUUGGGCUUCUUUUUUCGAAGCUGUUGUAUGACUCAUGAGCAGAUUGGUAAAGAGCGAAUGCAACAUUUUCACAAUUAGUGUAGUGAAAUGUUUGUCACACUGAUAUAUGCUAUUAAAGGUUUGUGAUUUAUGAGUA